AUGGACGACGACAUCGAGGCGCUCAUGCCCCGCACCAAAGCGGCUAACGACCGCGCGACAGUCGACAAGGCCAAGCUGAAGCAGUUCAUGGCUAGACAAAAGACGCGGCAGAAAAGUAUCGAAACUCGCUCGGAUGCCGUACUGGUGCGUGGCGAUGUGCGCAAAGACGCCGAAGGGUUCGAAGACAUUGACGACUUUUGGGUCGAUGAAGAGUCAGUGCAGGACGACUCCGUGGACGACGACGACGACUCGCUCACUGCGUCGGACAAAGAGUCGGCAGAUACGUCUGGAGACAUUUCGGAGCCGAGCGAGCACGAGGUGGAGCUUCCGGAGAUCGGUAGUCCUCCGUCCAGUGAUCGCGAAAGUAUGGACAUCGAGAUCGGACCGAUCUUGUCGCGGACGCAGAGAGUCAGCAGCAAUAGCAGAGCCGAGAAGGAAGAGAAACGAGAGGAUGUGAUUCCAUCGCCGACGCGAAGUGAUGUCUCCUUUGAUUUCGGUGGCUCACCGCAUGGUUCUGUGGAUGUAAAUGACGACAAGAACGUCACUGUUCGUAGCCGACGCAGUGCGAAGUCUACUGGAAAGAAAAGCAAGCAAACAGAACCAACGACGGAAUCGUCUGCUGGGCAUGGCUUCGACAACGAUACGGCCAGUCCGUUUUCUGCGAACGAAGGUCCAGUGACCCCACUCUCGGAUGCAAGUGAUCGAGAGCUGAAGCCGAUUCCGUCGUUUUCGGACAAGAGCUCUCUCUCACCGAAUGUGAGCAAGGAGUUGUUCAAGAAAGAUGGAUACGGUAGCGAUAUGCCCGACGAAACCCGUGCAAAGAAGCAGGCGAAAGCGAAGAAAGCCAAGAAGACGGCCAGUAGCAAGCGGUCGGCUGGUGAGGCCACGAAAACGCCUCGGCUGCGGCCGACAGGAAAGUAUGGCUACAGGACGACUCCGCCCGCGACGGACACGUCGACUCAGUCCGCGCAGACAGAUGACGAUAACGACGAAUCUUUCCAGGCGCAGAACGAUUCGGGUGGUGAGACAGGAGACGAUAGCUAUUACAACGAGCCAGACGCGCCAAGCGGCCCAGUCCGAGACAGAUUGCCUGAUGCCGCUAAGAUCAUGAACGAUACCGAAAAAGAUGCUGCUUGGGAUGGCAGUGGUUUACGUCGAUCGAAGCGGCGGCGCUUCAAGCCGCUCGCCUGGUUCAAGAGUGAGCAUAUGGUGUAUGAGCGCACCUUUGUCGGUGUGGGCACGGUGAUGCCUACGGUGGUCGGCGUCGAGCGCCUUGGUCUGGACUCACCGACGACCAAACGAACGAAGGCCAAACCGCCGUCCAAAAGAACCAACAACAGCAGAGCGUUGGCGUUAAAGGAGCUUCCGAAAGACGUGCAAAAAAAGAUCGUGGACGGUGAGUGGGCGACGCUGUUUGACGGCCAGGCCGGCUGCAUGAAUGAUCUGAACAUCAUCUGCCGUGCCAAUGAGAUUCGUCUGCGCAAACUGCCAACGGAAGAGAGAGGUGGUGCCGUGGUACACGCGUACGCAGGACAGAGUUUCAAUCUGUUCAGUCCGUCUCCGUUUGCUCGGUGGAUCUCCGGACGCGUAGUGUUGCCUCCCGGUGCGUGGAAAGAACCCGAGGGUGUCGGUCAAGCGGUGCAGUUGUUCUAUGUGACAGGUUGUCAGCCGAAGUCGCUGGAACUAGCAUUGUCACCAGAGACGGAUGACGAAUUCUUCACGAGCAAGCACACAACGCACUUUCUGCUCAGCCCCGGCGACGAGUUUUACGUGCCAGCAGGCAAUGUAUAUUUCGUGAAGAACCACUCGAGCUCGGCCGAUUGCGACCUGCGGUUUACAAUUCUAAAGCCUGAGUCGACGCAGCUGCCGGCAGACGGUAACGACUCGGAUGCCGAAAAAGGGAGCGAGUCAGCGGCUGGGUCCAAGCCGGAAGCUCCUAGGGUAGAUACCAGUCUGCUCAAGCGUAAGAGGGAAGAGGACGCCGAUGCCGAUGCGGACUCAGACUCGGUCUAG